AGCCUGCUUGGGGAUGCCCUGAGCGCCCCGUGCGCGCGCUCCCCCCCUCCGCCGCGCCGGCAUGAGUAGUUGGCUGCCCCCUCAGCCAAGCCACAGCUUUCCAGAAGCUGCCGCCCCACCUCCGUAUCCAUGUCAUCGAGAGAGGCAGGACAGCUACUUCUACGAACGCACGGUGCCGAAGCAGCCGCCAGUACCCUUUCGCUCGGGUGACCAGCUUGGCAGCUUCGACGGGCUGGGUGGCGGCUUCAGCGGGCCAGGUGGCGGCUUCAGCGGGCCGGAUGGCUGCGCAAGGGCGCCCCCUUUCUACGACGUUCAGGCUCGGUACCAUGAUACCGACCAAUAUGCAGGUCAUCCGCUGCGGGAUCCAGGUCCCGCGCCGCCGCCACCGCCCGUGGCGCCAGCGCCAGGGUUCGCCGCAGCUCAGCUGCCUGGCGGCUGCGGCCCGUUCGGCUCGGUCGCCCGGCGACAGGCUGCGCCGCCGCCGCCUCCGGAGCCCCAGGCAGUUGCAAGUACCUCGGCAUCGCGAACUUGCGGCGGAAUGAGACCACCAGAAGGCCCAAUCACGCCGGACCAGUACUUGGUGGAUAAGGACGGCGGGCGUUUCUGCAUGUUGUGCAACCAGUGGGCAGACGAACCGCACCUCGGCUCCAAGAAACACACGAAGCGCGCGGAGAUGCCGGAGUGGUACCUGUACGGCGACGACUGGCCAGGGCCCCUGCCGGCAGCGGAGGCUCAGGCGCCGAUACCCGCGCCAGCGCCGCCGCUCCUGCCGCCCGCCUCAGCACCCGCCCGCCCCUCUGCACCCGCCGCGCCCACGCCCGCGCCGGCGGCCAGGCCAACCACAGCCAAUCCCUCCAGCAAGAAGUGCGCCUACUGCUCGGAGCCAGCGAUCGACAGAGAGGUGCCAGGGCAAAAGUCAAAAUACUGCCUGGAGUGCUGGGACUGGUGGAUGGGCUCUGCAGAUGGGCUUGAAGAUGCCACGGCACUCGUGCCACCACCAACCAAGUUCGCAGGGUCAUCAGCAACCAGAGGUGCACCUCCACCUCCGCCUGUAGGCCCAGAGGCUGGUCGCGCGGCAUAUCCGCCGCCGCCUGUGACGCCAGGC